GCGGGGGCCACUCAGGUCACCUACACCCACGGCCAGAUGUCGCCCCCGGCGUCCCCCGACAACGAGGAGCUACCCCCCGGGGUGAGGGUGUCCACGACGGGCGUGACCCACGGGGGCAGCACCGCGGCGCCCCUGACCACCCACGCCCUCACCCGCCAGACGCUCCACACGCUCGUCAAGGUCAUGACCCCGCCCUCGUCGCCCAACCUCUCCGAGCUCCUGUCGACGCCCGUGACCACAGCCGCGUCGUGUCACGCCCUCACGCUCACGGGCUCGGAGCACCACCACCAGGCCGCCCGCGAGCCGCCCGCGCCCCCUCCGCCGGACGAGCAGGAGGGCAAGGUGGCGAAGAAGACCACGGGCCGCAAGAAGAUCACGGCCCACACGUGCCAGCACCCCGGCUGCCACAAGAUCUACACCAAGUCGUCGCACCUGAAGGCUCACCUGCGCACGCACACCGGCGAGAAGCCCUACAUGUGCAACUGGAAGGGCUGCGGCUGGAAGUUCGCCCGCAGCGACGAGCUGACGCGGCACCUGCGUAAGCACACGGGCGACAGACCCUUCCGCUGCCGCCUGUGCGAGAGGGCCUUCUCUCGCUCCGACCACCUCAGCCUGCACAUGAAACGGCACGAGAGCGUGUAGAGCCUGCUGGCGCCGCGCACGCACACGCGCCCUCUGUACAUACAUACAGCCGGUGUACAAAGGCUGGAGGGGUA